AUGUCGAGAGAUACCUACAAUUCUUGCACCGUUUUACGAAUACAGGACCCUUUAGCUGAUAGUGGAAUGUAUUCUCUAAAGCCACAAGGACUUAAAUCAUCGGUUUCGGUAUUUUGUAAUAUGACCUCAAAGAAUAGUGUUGGCGUGACAGAGAUUGGACAUGACAGCGAAUCGAAAACAUUUGUGAAGGAUUAUGCUUCUGCAGGUUCUUACCAAAGAAUUAUUAAUUACGAAAUUCCCAUGGAGGCGAUCGUUGCCAUUAUUCAACAGUCAAAAAAUUGCGAGCAGUUCAUAAAAUACGAAUGUUAUCAUAGCGUUAUCUGGUACAGCCCCACAAAUGUAUAUUAUGGUUGGUGGGUAUCACGUCAAGGUUCUAAGAUGAAUUACUGGGGUGGAGCGGCAGUCGACAGUGGAAAGUGUGCCUGCGGAAUGACCAACAGCUGUGCAGGUAAAAAGAAAUGUAAUUGUGACAAGAAUGACGAAACAUGGCGUGAAGACAGUGGAUACCUGACAGACAAGAACACACUUCCGGUUACUGAACUGACAUUUGGAGAUACUAAGGCCGAUGUAGCUGAGAGAGAGGAAGGAUAUCACACACUGGGAAAGUUGCGUUGUUGGGGUUAG